UUUUAGUUGGACACGUUUGGCAUUUAAAACAAGAAAAAAGUUUUGUUGUGAUUUUGCUGUUUGCAAAAAUUAAAAAUAUCAAGGAAUAUCUUGUUAGAUAACACUGUUGUGCAUUGUCAAAAAUAAGCAAAAUGAACUUUUGAUAAACACUGAUGUUGUAACUGAUUGCGACAAUUUCGACAUUUGCUUUAAAAAAACAGCAAGCAAGUAUUUUAGUUCAUGAAAAGUGUUGAAUACUGUUGAAAAGAAAGUAAAACAAACUGGGAGUUAUUUAUUAUUAAUUUUAAGUAUUUUGAUACUGAUUAUUUUUGAAGGAUUUUAAUUCCAUUAAAGGAAGAAGAUGCCUUUCAAGCUGAAAAAGUUGUUGCGGUUUCGUACAAAUGCCGACAAUAUGAGCACCUCCAAGCGGGACGGAUCUGCGUCCCGGUCUAAACCUCCAUCAGCCAGCAAGUCCUCCACUCAGACACCAACCAAGAUGAAGGAUUCCAAGUCAGACAAUUCUGGUCUGUCUUCUGUGAAAAAGCAGGCACUGAUGGGACAGGGGAUUGACUCCCCUUUAAAUAAAAACUUUCUGAGUAAAAGCCAGGAUAAUUUAACUAGUCAUCAAAAACAUAAGCAAUCAGCUUUAGAAAAACGGCCAAGCUCUAGUCUGGGACUGCCUGAAGCGAAGAAGAGAAAUACUAGUAACAAGGAGAAUGUGCAAUUUAAAGAUAAAGAUGGAUUUGCGAAGCCCAGGCCGAUCAAACAAUCAUUGACUGGUACACCAAUAAGAAAGUCUUGUAGCUCCCAACAUAUUGACAAGGCUGGCUCUGCUCAGGCAAACAAAACUCCAACAAAACUGUCAGCAAACAUGAAAAGAGCGCAUUCAACGCAAAAUGUCAGCAAAGAGAAGAGUGUAAAAAAUAGAAAGUCUGCCACACCUGAUGUGAUGGCUUAUAAUGCAGAACUCCUGGCAAAUUUUGAAAAAGAGAGGAAGAUAAUGGAGGCAAAGGUUUCUGAACAGAUUCAGAUCAAUGAAAAUCGAAAAAUGGAAAUAGAAAAGUACAAGUAUGAAAUUAGACAGUUAAAGGAACAAAUACCGAGUCAUAAUCUGUUGGAGGAGUUAGACAUUUACAGGUCUCAGAAUGCAUUAAUGAAGGAACAACUCAUGAAAUUGGGGGUAGAGGCUCAGAUUACAGACUGUGAAAAAUUGAGCCUGAUUAAACAUAACCUGGAGGUGGAAUCUGCACUCAAGGCGAGCACUAGCUACGAUAGUCUGUCCACAGACGGGCAGGCCAUUUCAUUGGUGCAGGGAUUGCUUCUUGGUCCAGGCAUGAAAAGGUCUGCUUCCAUUACGAUGUCUGAGCCGGGCAUGUCUUUCAUCGAUUACCACGGAACUGGCGAUGCACUGGAGAUGCAUGGAAAGUGGGACACGCGGAGCAAGAGCAGCGACGCGCUCAGCGACAUAUCUGUGGCAAACCUCACUGAACGCAUCCAGCAAAUGGAGGAGAAUCACUAUAGCACUAAUGAGGAACUGCAAGCCACACUGCAAGAGUUGGGCGAUCUGCAAGAGACUGUCAAUGAGCUCACAGAGGAGAACGAGAGAUUGGCUGAUGAGAGGACCGUGUUGCUGGAGUCACUGUGCACACAGACAGAGAAGCUGGAACACUGCCGUACACAGAUUGAGCACUUGAAGUGCUUGCUGAUCAGCGGUGAUCUGCCAAAUAAGUCGGACAGGGAUCAGCAUUUGUUGGAACUUCUUAAAGGUGCUCAAGAUGAACGCGAGGAGUUUUUAAGGAAGUUAAGGGCAGCUGAAAGUGAGUCCAGAGAAAGUCAGAGGCAUAUGGAGACAGUGAAAGAUAAGGCUCAAAUGUUGGAGGAUAAGUUAAACGAUAUGCGAUCUGAAAAGGGUAAUUUUGAGAAACAGGUUAUGGCACUAAAGGAGGCCUUGUCAAAUGAACAGAUUGAAGUAACACAUUAUAAGACAUUACUUGAAAAUGAAAAGACUAAGGUGCAAGAGUUGGAGUCAUAUUGCAAAGUAAAUGAUCAGAGUGAUCUGGAAGAGUUGCUGCAUAGCACAAGGCAAGAGAAAGACAAACUAGAGGUCAGAUUUGCCGAUGUGCAAGAUGCACUGGCCCAUAGUCAGAAUGAAGUAAUGAGGCUAAAAGACCAGUUAAUUACCAAAGAGGAAGAAGUGAAAGUUCAUAGAAACAAUGCCAAAUCCCAGAUUAUCGAUAUGGAAUACAAACUUGAGGUCGCAAAUAAGAACAAGUAUGACUACCAGCAAGAACUGGAAAAUCUGAGAGAGCAUAUCGAACAGUUAGAGCAGAACAGUGAACGAUAUUUCGAAGAGCGUAAGGAGUACACUGCAAAAAUACAAGAGCUUCAAGGGGAGGUAAGCGUGAUGAGGCAGCUAAAAGAUGUUGCUGAGAAUGAACUCCAGGAUCUUAAAAAUACACAUGAAAAAGAGGCAGAAGAAUGGACCCAGUUUCAGAAGGACUUGCAAGUGGCUGUUAGGAUUGCUAAUGAUUUCCGGUCUGAAACUCAGUCUGAUGUUGAAAAAUUGAAAUCAGACAAUGCAAGCUUGAAGGAAAAAUGUCAGACACAACAGUAUGAAAUUGAUAAGCUGAAGGGUGAAAUUGAUACUUAUAAGAUUCAGGAAAAAGCAAAUGCAUCAGUUAAACAAUCUAUAUUGUCAUCAGCUGAAUUGAAAGGAAAAGUCUUCAGUUCUGUUGACAAAGAACUUCUAGGCCUAAGAGAUGGGCGGAAGACUGGUGACAAGUCACAAACUCUUUCAGUCAAGAACUUGAUCCGUUCCAUAGAGGAGCAAGUGAAAAGUGGUUGCUCAUCAAUACAUUCUAGUUCAUGUAGCUCACGCAGAAAUUCAGACUCUGAGUCCUCGUUAUUGGGUAUCAGAGACUUCAAUGAAAUCCUGAAAUCUCCUGGGUCCCCUGUUGGAGACCAAGGGCUUUUGUCACCAGAAUAUGGUACCCCGCUACGUUCAGCCUUGAAACGAGAACGCCCGUCCCCCCUGCUGAGACAUUCCAUGAAUUUUGAGGCCCCAAGCUCUCCAGGUGUAGAAACCCCCAAGUCUGCGCCUCCCAUUUCUAGAGCUGAGCCUUCACCAUCCCUGUCCAGCUUAUUGACCAGUAGAACUCCGUCUCGAAGAAGUAGUGGUGUCAAUCUUGAGAUAGGAACAGCUGAAAGGAAGGAGGGAACCAAACAGGACCCACUGUCUCGACUUGCCAAGUCUUUCAAAGGAUCACGUAGAAAUGCAUUGCUCAAAUGGUGCCAGCAGAAGACAAUCACUUAUAGUAACGUUGAUAUCACCAACUUCAGUAGCAGUUGGAAUGAUGGGCUGGCCUUCUGUGCAUUGAUACAUAGCUACCUGCCAGAGAGGAUACCAUAUGGAGAGUUAAACUCGGAGGAUAAGAGACGCAACUUUACUUUGGCCUUCAAUGCUGCUGACAGUGUGGGAAUCUCUUCAACACUAAACAUCAACGACAUGGUUGCCAUGGAGAGGCCGGACUGGCAGGCUGUGUUCAACUACGUCACUGCAAUCUACAAACACUUUGAAGUCGACCACAAGCCUCUUCCAUAGCCUUUCCCUUCAUUAAGAGUUCUGUUCACAAACCACAUCUACAGACAUAUUUGCCUUAUACCAACUGUUGAUGUUAAGUAUGAGCCUUGAUGUGGGACAAGGGGACUAAUGCAUGUGUGUAAAGUGUCCUACCAGGAUAGUCUGUGCAGUCCUACUAGGGUAGUCUGUGCAGUCCUACCAGGGUAGUCUGUGCAGUCCUACCAGGGUAGUCUGUGCAGUCCUACCAGGGUUGUCAGUGCAGUCCUACCAGGGUAGUCUGUGCAGUCCUACCAGGGUAGUCAGUGCAGUCCUACCAGGGUAGUCAGUGCAGUCCUACCAGGGUAGUCUGUGCAGUCCUACCAGGGUAGUCAGUGCAGUCCUACCAGGGUAGUCUGUGCAGUCCUACCAGGGUAGUCUGUGCAGUCCUACCAGGGUAGUCAGUGCAGUCCUACCAGGGUAGUUGGUGCAGUCCUACCAGGGUAGUCUCUGCAGUCCUAUCAGGGUAGUCUGUGCAGUCCUACCAGGGUAGUCUGUGCAGUCCUAUCAGGGUAGUCUGUGCAGUCCUACCAGGGUAGUCUGUGCAGUCCUACCAGGGUUGUCAGUGCAGUCCUACCAGGGUAGUCUGUGCAGUCCUACCAGGGUAGUCUGUGCAGUCCUACCAGGGUAGUCUGUGCAGUCCUACCAGGGUAGUCUGUGCAGUCCUACCAGGGUUGUCAGUGCAGUCCUACCAGGGUAGUCUGUGCAGUCCUACCAGGGUAGUCAGUGCAGUCCUACCAGGGUAGUCUGUGCAGUCCUACCAGGGUAGUCUGUGCAGUCCUACCAGGGUAGUCAGUGCAGUCCUACCAGGGUAGUUGGUGCAGUCCUACCAGGGUAGUCUCUGCAGUCCUAUCAGGGUAGUCUGUGCAGUCCUACCAGGGUAGUCUGUGCAGUCCUAUCAGGGUAGUCUGUGCAGUCCUACCAGGGUAGUUGGUGCAGUCCUACCAGGGUAGUUGGUGCAGUCCUACCAGGGUAGUCUGUGCAGUCCUACCAGGGUAGUUGGUGCAGUCCUACCAGGGUAGUCUCUGCAGUCCUAUCAGGGUAGUCUGUGCAGUCCUACCAGGGUAGUCUGUGCAGUCCUAUCAGGGUAGUCUGUGCAGUCCUACCAGGGUAGUCUGUGCAGUCCUACCAGGGUAGUUGGUGCAGUCCUACCAGGGUAAUAAGUGCAGUCCUACCAGGGUAGUCAGUGCAGUCCUACCAGGGUAGUUGGUGCAGUCCUACCAGGGUAGUCUCUGCAGUCCUAUCAGGGUAGUCUGUGCAGUCCUACCAGGGUAGUCUGUGCAGUCCUAUCAGGGUAGUCUGUGCAGUCCUACCAGGGUAGUCAGUGCAGUCCUAUCAGGGUAGUCUGUGCAGUCCUACCAGGGUAGUCAGUGCAGUCCUACCAGGGUAGUCAGUGCAGUCCUACCAGGGUAGUCUGCAGUCCUACCAGGGUAGUCUGUGCAGUCCUACUAGGGUAGUCAGUGCAGUCCUAUCAGGGUAGUCUGUGCAGUCCUACCAGGGUAGUCAGUGCAGUCCUAUCAGGGUAGUCUGUGCAGUCCUACCAGGGUAGUCAGUGCAGUCCUAUCAGGGUAGUCUGUGCAGUCCUACCAGGGUAGUCUGUGCAGUCCUACCAGGGUAGUCAGUGCAGUCCUAUCAGGGUAGUCUGUGCAGUCCUACCAGGGUAGUCAGUGCAGUCCUACCAGGGUAGUCUGUGCAGUCCUACCAGGGUAGUCUGUGCAGUCCUACCAGGGUAGUCUGUGCAGUCCUACUAGGGUAGUCUGUGCAGUCCUACCAGGGUAGUCUGUGCAGUCCUAUCAGGGUAGUCUGUGCAGUCCUACCAGGGUAGUCUGUGCAGUCCUAUCAGGGUAGUCUCUGCAGGCCUUACAGCCUAAUCAUAGACCAUAGUUUUGGCCUUCCUGUUAUUUGUCUUUUAAAGGAAGUCUUUUCUUAGCAAAAAUCCACUUAUAGCGGGACUGCACUAUUUUCAUAUGUGUUAAAUUGUAAUAUAUUGAUAAAUAUAUGUUACAAUAACACAAAAUAGGGAAGAAAAAUUAUACAUUGAAGACGAAUUUCAUGAAAUGCAGCAGACAAAUUAGCGCCUCAAGCUGAUUGUGACGAAGAUAUUUUGUACAUAUUUUCCUACAAUAACUGAAGCAUUCGUCUUUUUAUUAGGAUCAGAGUUAGUGUUCGUGUGAUGAUGAAUAGAUAUCGUUGCAGGAAAUUAAAAUGAUCAGCAAAACUAAAUUUAGAUACACAUCUUACAUGCAUGAUAUACAUGCUGGCAAAUUUGACUGUACAGACAUUUUUGAUUUCAAAAUUAAAUAUCUGGCUAAUUUCACAUUUUUCAACACAUGUUCUUCUUAACUUUUUUUUUUUUUUUUUUUUUAAAUAUAUGUAUAAUAAGUUUUUUACACAUUUUAUAUAAAUUCAUAAAUAUUUGACGAAAUGGUGCAGUCCUGCUUUAAGGCAGAAUAAGAACAUGCAUUAAGACCCGUUUUCCCAGAGUGUGUCUCAGUCUUUUAUAACAUCUACUAUGCUUCAAAUUCAUGACCUUUGUGUCUGCAGUCAUGAGCAGUAUUUUAAAUUCUAAUAAGUAAAUACUUAUGUUUUCUAAAGACAUUUUUUUAACUUAAGCUGACACAAAUAUGUCUAGAGACAUACAUGGCAAAAGAACCAACUAAAAGGCACAAAAUCCCUACAACCUAUACUGUUACUCAUAUUAUUAGCAUUACUACCAUUAUUGCGGUAUCUAAAAAAUAAAUGUAUUAUUGUUUUUAGUUCUUUUAGCACAACAUGAAAAUAGUGAAAUGUUUGUAUCAACUAUUGUCUGUCAUUUAUUGUCUACAUUUUCCUUGUGAAAUCUCUAGAGGCUGCAUUUAUUGCCAUAAUUUUUUUAAAUGGUCAGAAAUUUUCCCACAAUAUUAUCUAACUUGAGCUGUUUUUAAAAAUGCAGUCACUAGUCUUUUGAACACUCUAGAAGAUAAUUUACUUCGCAAUCAUCAUGGCACUUGGUCAGAAUAAUUGCUCCAUUUAUUUUUCGUUACCCAGUGUAACUGUCACAGAGUGGUUAAAAACUAGCUCACUGGUUAUAAUCGACCUUUUGACCUUUUAUUGUAAAGGUAUACUUACUUUUAUAAAAACGAUUUUUUUCGAAAAAGAAUUUGAAUUGGCGUUUUACAUGUAUAAUGUAUCUUAAAAUGUCUCUUAUUGAAAGUUGAAAUCCAUUUCUAACUUCUAGCAUUUGAUGUUAUUUUUUGCAUGCACCAUAGUUGACUUACAUGUAUUUAAAAUUACAGGUACAUCAUUAUAAUUGCACAUUAUGUUAAUUUGUUAACCUUAGUACCCACGGUGUAUUCCUGAAUUAUAUAGUUCGUAUUAUGUUUUUUUAAUGAAAUACAAAUGAGACAAAACUAGCAAUUUUGAAAAAUUUGUAAAGAAUGAUACCAUACAUAAAGAUGUAAUCAUACUACAUAUCACUGUGCCUUUUCAGUUAUUGCUAUCUAGCAGAAAACUUUCUUUCACAUAAUGUUUCUUAUUUGAUUCCCAAUUAUUGGUAAACUUAUCUCUUACUUCUAUUUGUAAAAAUAUAUUAUUGUAUUUAACUUUCAAACUCAUUUAUUAUGUAAAAGACACGAAGAAAGUAUCUUGUACUCAUACAAUUAGUGCCCUCAGUAUUGUAAGCAUAAAUCAAUCACUCUUAUUUGUAAUAUGUGUUUUAUCUUUUGUUGUUUGACUUGAUAUCUGCAAGGUCCUGCUUGAUAAACCUUUUGCACUGACAUACAGUUUGUUAAGUUUAGACAAUUGUAUCCAUUUGGAAUCGUGUAUUGUGCAAUAUAUACUUAUGUAAAUUUUGUCCAUCAUAUGGCAUAAUCCUUUUUACUCAUUUGUUACUCAGUACAUUUUAUGUUUCUUUUUUUGCUACAAAUCUGAAUUUUUGCGUUUUAUUAUUAUUAAAGAUUAUAAGUCAUUUAUUUAUAUUAUUUAAUAAUAACUCAUCAUUAAACCUUGUAGUUAAAAAACAUCUUAAUAACAUAAUUCAUAUUGUAUUGUUCAUUUUUUAGCAUGGCAAUUUUUAUGCCCCAAGAUGUUGAGUGCUUGCACUUGUCAUUUUGUGUGUAUGUAUGUAUUCCCUAAGGUUAUGUUUACAAUUCCACUUGACUAUUCUUAGUGGAUUGCACUCGUAUGUUCUCAAAUUAAUGUCGUAAAUUUUUAUAUAACAGAAUUUGUGUCAGAAUGGAUGUCACCAGUUUUUGCAGAAUUAUGACCCUUUGUCUAUUUUUCCACUAAAGAAUAUAUGAUCCCCAAAUUGUGGGUACUCAAAACCUAUUUGACUGUUUGCCCAAUUUCGCUAAAACUUUCAAGGUUUAUCAACCUUACUGUUUAAUUAUUGUAAACAAGGAUUUCAGAAUUAUGAUCAAUUGUUUUGUUUUCCACCAAAGUCCCCCAAAAAUGUGCGCUAAACUCCUCUUUAAAUGCUUGGUGGAUUUUGUUCUCAAUUCUCAGCUGAAUAAUUUCAUUUUAAGGUGAUCAUGAAGAAUAGUAAUUUUUGUGCUACCAGUUUUGGCUGUUUGUUAAUUUUUCCCAAGCAGGUGUCAUUGGGGGCAUCGGUGUAUGUGGCUCAUUUAGUUCAUGCUUUCUUACUGUUAAUAUGCAGGUAAAUUUUAAUUAAGCAAUGCUUGAAAAAGUUUAUCGUUAUUUUAAAAAUUAAGUGGUGUCAUCAUUUAUGUUUGGCCAUCUAUUAGUUUAUGAAAAUUCUAAGCUAUUUUACCUAAAAAUGAAUUCCUUAUAAAAGUUCUUUUAUACUUUUAAUACUUUUAUUAACACAAAUUACACUACUUUAAAAUUUACCAAGAUGGUUGGGCAUAUACAUUAUAAUUAAAAAUUGUAUGGUUAUAACAUAUCAAUCAAUAACAUAAUUUUACCAAAAUUAAAACUUUCUGUUCAGGCAUUUUCUGUCAGUAAUCAAAUAGAUUGCAUAUAAUUUCAUCCUUUUUUUAAAAGAAAAACAGCUUAGUUAUCUUAAAAAUUAUGUCCUACUAUGUGAACUUCACAUUUACAUUGCUUUAUUGUCCCCUACUUGUGAAACCGGAGGGGACUUAUGGUUUGCGCUCUGUCUGUCAGUCUGUCAGUCCGUCACACUUUUCUGGAUCCUGUGAUAACUUUAAAAGUUCUUCAUAUUUUUUCAUGAAACAUGAACAGAUGGCAAUAUGGACAUUAUGCACGUCAUUGCAUUUUGUUCCGACGUAUAGAAUUCUGGUUGCUAUGGUGACAAAUAUAUAAAAUAUCAAAAAAAUCUGAAAAUGGUGGAGUUUCACCAGUAGGGGACUUAUAUUUCUUGGCAAUAGUCUUGUUAUAUUUCGAUUUCAUAAAUUGUUUAUUAGUUAUUAUUCUAAUGUUCUUUUUGGAGUUUCAUGUUCUGUCUAUGCUUGAAUUGAGAUUAUUUAUGCCUGUAAUGUGUUUCUAUUCUCUUUAGCUUUGACUUAAAUGUCUGUUGUUUUAUCAAACUGUUCAGUAUUCAUCAUUUGACCAUUUUUACCAUAAUUAUUCAAUCAUUUUUCUGUUCUAAAUUGCAUUUGCUUUUGUAAUUCAUUACAUGUCAAAUAGAAAUAAAUAAUUUAAUGUAUA